AUGUCCAGAGGCACAGACGGAGGCAUCCACACCUCCAAGGAGGAGCCAUCCACACCUUCCUGCUCCAAGGAGCCAUCCACACCUUCCUGCUCCAAGGAGCCAUCCACACCUUCCUUCCCCAAGGAGCCAUCCACACCUUCCUGCACCAAGGAGCCAUCCACACCUUCCUGCACCAAGGAGCCAUCCACACCUUCCUUCCCCAAGGAGCCAUCCACAUCUUCCUUCCCCAAGGAGCCAUCCACACCUUCCUGCUCCAAGGAGCCAUCCACACCUUCCUGCACCAAGGAGCCAUCCACACCUUCCUUCCCCAAGGAGCCAUCCACAUCUUCUCCAAGGAGCCAUCCACACCUUCUCCAAGGCUCUGAGGAAGGGCUUGUGACUCCAAGCCACAACAAAGCCAGCCCAGAAAGGCUCAGCUCCAGCUCCAGCCUGCUGUGUCACCAGAGUCUUGCACAAGCCCUCAGACACCCCGUGCUACGGCAGGACAGGACAUUUCGAGGGAAAUGCCAGAAGGAAGCGAUCUUUGCUACAUUACUGUGCAAAGAGCAUCCCUGGGAGUGGGACACGGGGAUGAGGGAUUCAUUCCAGGCCGGAGGGACCCAUGGCAGCUUCUCCAGCGCCAUUCCCAAGCCAUGGUCCCGGUCCAAACCCAGGCUGGGCUGUGCAUCACGGGAUGCUCCCAGCGUGCCAAACCCAGCUCAGCUGACGAGCAGGGCUGCGCUGUUUUUCCUGUCUCUACCAUAAAAACAAGGCUUCCUCUCUCCUCCCGUGACCUUCCUUGAAGGUUUUGAUGCCUUUCGAGCGCCCAUUUUCCCUGCCACAACCUCCGCCGCAGCGCAUCCCCCCUCCCUCACCCCGCAUUGCGCAUCCCGGACAAAAAUCCCCCAAAAACGCCGCUGGAAAA